AUGAAGCAGUUUCGGGAGACUUAUGACAGGGAUAACGGGGAUGUUGGUUAUCACAACGAUACUACUCGGCCCGUGGUGUAUGACGACCUCGACCCCUUUGGACAUGAAGAAAAUCAUCAGAUCAAAUACAAGACGAUGUCCUGGAAGCUUGUCGCGGUGCUCAUGAUAGCCGAAAUCGUAAGCAACGGCAUGCUGUCCUUACCAUCGUCCUUGGCGGUCGUCGGCAUAGUCCCAGGAGUGAUUCUCAUCGUCUUUCUCGGCAUAUUCGCGACCUACACAUCAUGGCUUCUUGUGCAGUUCAAACUACGGCACCCAGAGGUCCACUCCAUGGGCGACGCUGGCCAGAUCCUCUUCGGGCGGCCGGGGAGGGAACUCCUCGCCUUCGGGACCAUCGUCUUCGCCGUCUUCGCUACGGGCGGGCAGCUGCUGGCGGGACAGAUCGCCCUCGCGACACUGAGCGAUAAUAAACUGUGCCUGAUGCUCUACACCGGCAUCUUUGCCAUCCCGACCCUGCUCUUCAGCUUCCCGCGCACAAUGGACCAGCUUUCCUGGCUCUGUAUCCCUGCCGUCCUCUCGAUCCUCGUCGCCGGCAUCGUAGGCAUGGUCGGCGCCGGCGUCCACCCGGCACCCGGCCGGCAGGUCAGCGUCGCCGUGUCGUCCGACUUUUACACGGCCUUCAUCGCCAUCACCAACCCUGUCUUUGCGUACGCGGGCCACUUUAUGUUCUUCAUCCUCAUGUCGGAGAUGCGACGGCCGCAGGAGGCGAUGAAGGCGGCGUACACCCUCCAGGGCUUCGCGACAACGUUUUACGCCGUCUUUGCGGUCGUGAGCUACGUCUACCUCGGCAGCGAGGUGGCUUCGCCGGCGUUCAGCAGCCUGGAACCGAGAUGGGCCAAGGCGGCGUACGGGAUCGCGAUACCCAAUUUCUUACUUGCCGGGUCGCUCUAUGCGCACACGGCGGCGAAGCUGGUGUUUGUACGGAUUUUCAGAAAGAGUCAUCACCUGCAUAGCCACACGGCGGUCGGGUGGGGGACGUGGGCGGUUCUGGUGGUGCUCAUGAAUGGCGCGGCGUUCGUGCUCGCGGUGGGCGUGCCGAUUUUCAACUACCUCAUCGGCAUCGCGGCGAGCUUGUUCGCAGCGUGGUAUACGUAUGGCAUCGCGGGCGCGUUCUGGCUGCACGAUAACUACCACGACUAUGAUGGGUGGAGGCAAUGGGCGCGGAAGUGGUUUCAAGCCGCGGCGGCGGUGCUCACGUUUGCCGUUGGUGGCUUCAUUUGUGUUGCUGGGACGUAUGUUACGGUGAAGGGCAUUGUGGAGGCAUAUGAGUCUGGUGCAGUGGGGGAGCCUUUCAGCUGCUAG